AUGAGCAGACUUUGGACCAAUGAUUUCUCGAACAUAGGAUUAACAUUUGUUUAUUUUGGAAGGCAGCUUUUGAAUGAAAGUCAAAAUAUAAAAACCUUUCUUGUAUAACAUAUGAUAUUACCAUGUAUAAAAUAGAAGAAUAUAAGUUAUUUCAACCUUCAUUAGAUGAGGCUGCAAUAGUUUUACAAGAUGGCUUGUCAGAAAUUUUUAGCUAUGUUGAUGUGCAAGUUGUUAAUUGUCCUGACUUAAGAGAGAAACCAUAUAUGUUGGCUGCUGAAGGCCUUUGUGGAAAUCCAUGUAUAGCUGAUGUUGGAGGUGUAGAAUAUUUAGUUCCACUUGCUAAAAAAGAUAAGGUUUAUGACUUCAGAGAAAUUUCGAAAAAUAUUCGAAUGCCAAAUGCUUUCAUUAUUGGACCUGGUGCUGGGCCUAGGCCUCAUAUAGGAAUUAAUUGCGAAAUGAUGGCAAACUUGAAAUUAGGAGAAAAUGAGAAUAUCAAUACUCAUGUAGCAAAAUUAGACAAGGAUGGAGCAUGUGAGCUUGUAAAGUUAAAAGAUAAUACUCAAUUUUGUCUAUUAGGAAACCUAUUUAUAUCUCAAGGAAAGCCUGGAAAAGUUUUAAAAGUUGUUGCUAAGAAUCGUAAGGGAUCAUCAAAUUUUGUUACAACUAUGCGCGAGGCACUUGCAAAUAUGUUUGAAAGUCCUGUUGGUGUGGGUGGUGUUUUUGUAAUAAAAUCUGGAAAAGCCAAACUUCACAUUAUGCCUGAUUAUUCUGAAACUCCUUUGAAAAGUACUGAAGAUGUGAACAAUUGGUUAAAAUUUUUUAACAUGCCAGCUCCUUUAUCAUGCUUGAGUGUCUUUGUAUCGUCUGAUCCUGGAUUGAAUUUGCGAGUGGAACACACUCAUUGCUUCAGUGACCAUGGUGUUGGUGGCCAUUAUCAUGAGGAUACUACUCCUGAGGAUGUUGAAUAUGAAGGUUAUUUCAGUCUUGCUGAAACUUUGUAUAGAAUUGAUCAGCCUUAUGAAGUUACUGAUUUUGGAAAAGAUUGAAGCUCAUGUUUGCAAAAUCUUUAUCACAUUUUACUUUUAAAUGUAAUAAUUUUUUAUUCAAUUGCUUCAGAGAAACAAUUUUUAUUAGAAAAUGCUCUUUACAGGUAUUAUUUUUCUGUAAGUCUUAUUAUAAAGAAUGAAAAAGAAAAAAGAAUGGAAACCAUUUUGUUACUUGUAUGUUUUGUGCACAGAGAAGGAGAAACAGAAGUCUCACUCUCAUAGACUCUAAUGGUAACUUCCCAUAGACAGCAGCGCCACUAACUUCCCGCAAUUGAACUAACCGGACUACGUCAUCACAGCAGGAGAGGAUGCUUAUUGCCAUGACAACGAUGUAAAAAUUUUUGCAAUUGCUAUCGUCAUUUUUCUAAUUUUUUAUCAUGUUUUGACAAUUACGAAAUUUAGGAGCAAACGUAAUUUUUUUAUGCAUUGCUAAUUUAAAAUUACUAUUUAGUCAUCAAUGUAAGGAGAUUUUCAGCUUUUUCAACAGAUUGGAGUAGAUUUUAUUCUUUAUUUUUAUGAUCAACAGACUGAAAUCUUAAGCAAGUUUUGCUUCUCAUUCAUUUGUUUGAAUAAUCCAUUCCAUGACUAUCAUUAAAAAAAAUUCCAAUAUAGCAUCCUUUCCUCACUAUUUCCUAUCACACUCUCCUAUUUCUCUGUGCUUUGUGUUGAGAUAAAAAGCUUUAUUUUUGUAAUGAUUUUUUUUUGUAUUUAUUGAUUUAAAUGAAAAUCAAUUUAUUAAAAUAUGCUGUUAUAAUUGUUGUCAUAAAAUUUUAAAAUUUAUACAUGUUUAUUUUUUUAAAGAAAUAUAUCAAUAAAAUUUCUUGAAUAAGAAA